AAUUUGACAGUUUGUCAAAAGUGACAGGCGGAGUUGAAUAAUAUGUUUAUGUGCCAAAAUGUUACAAGAAUAGCCCACGUUUCAUAAAUUACUUCGUCGAUCAAGCAAAAACCUCAAAAAAAUGAGUGAAAAAGACAGAAACUGUUCAAAUGAAGCAGUGGAAAAAAUCAUUGGCAACAUGACUGCAGAAAUGCAAAAUGCGGACGGUCAGUAUGCCCCCUUGGGGUUUUCCCCGCCCCCAUCGGAACCCAUCAACUGGAACCAGCCGCCUUACGUCAACAACUACCCUUCAUACCACUCCACUCCCGAUAUCCAGAUGGGUUAUGUGCCCAUUCAGCAAUUCGCCACUUCGUACAGCUACAUGCAACAGCCCCAUCACUUUGACAUCAACGAGUAUAACAAGAACUUGGAUCCUCUCAACCUCAAGUACAACAUGUACGAGCCUAUGCAGAACGGGAAUAGCGACGCUGGUGUCUUCAGGAACGAAUACACCAUUUUGAACUCGAAUUUGCAUCAAGCUGAGCGUCACGUGCUGCAAAGCCAGCACGAACCGGUGCCCCAAACCAGCAACCACACGCAUUUAAUCGAGAAUUUGGUGGGGAAUUGGGUGCCGAACACCACUGGGACUUAUUCACCAUUUGGGAACGUGGAGCCCUUCAAACCCAAUGUGAGUGUUUUUGAACAAUUGGCGGAGAAGGAGACUAACGAACAAAUGAUUCUGGAACAACCGCACGAAGAGAAGCAGUUUAACUUCAACAGGAACAACCGGAAGCCGAGAAUGGUGGCUGAAGUGAAGCCGAUGCGUCCUAGUUACUCGGAUGUUUUGACUAAAGCGGUGCCGCCGACUACGAGCAAACCGACCAAGCUGGAUACUAAGGAAACCAAGCAGAAGAAGGAAAACAACAAGAAGAACGGGAAAACUGAGAAGACGCAGAAGGUCAAUUGUUCUUUAAAUAGAAGCAAUACGAAUGCGGAUAUUAAGGAUAUUCCGUUGACGGAAAAAACGACGUUUAUUAAGACAAGUGGAGACAAGGAUAAGCGUAAUAAGAGUACGCAAUUGAAUCGCAAAUGGGCGUCGCUUGAUAAUAUUAAUGAACCCGUUAAUAAUGCGAAAGUUGAGGAUGGGAAGAAGAAAAAGAAUGAGGAGAUGAAUAAUGGCAAGAAUUUGAUGCAGAAGCCCAAUUUUCGGAAAGUUACGAAAAGCGAGUCGCCUGAGAAUGAAUCCAGCGGCAGUAAGAAUGAGACGUACGUUAACAAAAAUGGGCUAAAAAAGGUCAAUAAAUUUAGCAGUAGACCUAAAAAUUCGGAAUCUUUUGGGGGUAACGAAAGACCGGUGGGGAAGAGGAAUCAGCGAACAAGGAAAAGAGAAAAUCAUGUCUUCUUUGGUAUCGCCGGCCAAAAACUAAAACAGUACCUAAAAGGCUGGUGGAAAAUCAUCACCGUGUUCCUAUUCUGGUUCAUCCAUCUGAUCUCAGACAUCUGUAGCUUGAGCGUUCACAUUAGUCGCGACAUGGCUUCGAACUUUUGGCUUUGGUUGGUCAUUCACUGGGCUCUUUUCCUAGACACGGUCGUGACCAUCGCCAAACGCAUUCGUCUGCUUUCGUGGAUUUGGGAAAAAUUCAAAAAGCCUGAGAAGCCUGCUAAAGAAAAUAACCGCAGUUUUAUUCACAGUGGGUUACAAAACAAUAUAAACAUGCCGACCACCGGGGAAGAAGCAAUGAAAAGACUCCUAGCGUGCAAAGGGAAGGAUCCGUACAGCAUAUUGGGAGUUACGCCGACUUGUACAGAUGACGAUAUAAAGAGGUAUUAUAAAAGACAAGCCUUCUUGGUUCAUCCAGACAAGAACCAACAGCCGGGGGCGGAAGAGGCCUUUAAAAUUUUAGUUCACGCGUUUGAUAUGAUCGGGGAGCCGGAAAGGAGAGCUGCCUACGAUAAAGGUGUGGUCGAAUCUGUCCAGGUUGAGCAAGCCUGGAGCGAACUGACCGAACUCCUGGCCCAGUUGCAACAGAAGGUGGAAGCCGCCGCCAACACGAUCCGGUGUAGCGCUUGCGGUUUACGCCACAAAAGGAUCAAAGUAGAUAGGCCUUGUUACGCCGCGAGGAACUGUUCUUCUUGCAAAAUCCACCACUCGGCGCGAGAAGGCGACAUCUGGGCGGAGGCCCGUUGUUUCGGUUUCUUGUGGCACUAUUACGCUUGCAUGGAGGGAAACGUGUAUGAUAUAACGGAAUGGGCCGGUUGUCAAAAAGACAGUCUGAAACACCUCAGACCCGACUCCCAUCAAGUACAAUAUCGUAUCGCUUUAGGUAAACAACAUAGUCAACCUCGUAGGCACAGUGGAUCUCUUCGAAACGAAAAACCACCGGAUCUCGAGAAUUUACUUAAUACGUUGUACGGCCAAACGGAUUGUAUGCAACAAGGGACAAAACGUAGGAAUAAAAAGGCAAAGUGAUCCAUUCACUAGAUGUACGAGUUGUGUUAUUUUAUUUCGCUAUUAUGAAUAUGUGCUAUUAAAUUUAUAAAGUCAAUGCGCUUAAAGAGAAUAAAUCUGUUUACAAGA